GCCUUGCCGGGCGCUUGCCACCGCAUCCUCACACACGUCAAUAUGCCCCUCCAUCUCCUCGGCAAGAAGUCAUGGAACGUAUACAACCCUGGCAACAUCGAGAGGGUGCGGCAAGAUGAAGCCGAAGCGAAGCGCCUCGAAGAAGAGCAAGAGGCUCAACACCGUGACGACGAGGCACAGGAGCGACUGCGACUUCUACGUGGCGAGGGUCCGGUGACGAGACAGCCCGAGUCGCAGACAGAGUCAUUUUCCUCUCGAAGACACAACAAGCGCAAACUGCCAGGCGAGGACGAUACAGAUCGAGACCUUCGACUCGCCCUUUCGACUCAAUCGACCCAAUCGACCUCCACCACUCGUAUCAAGAACGAAGAUUCCAUCGUCGACUCCAAGGGUAACAUCUCCCUCAUUCCAGUCCCAGAGUCGUCCUCAUCCCACAAAAAGCCCCGGCUAGAUGAAGAUCCAUACGCAGUCUACCUGUCUCAUGCUGCGGGUCGAGGGAAGAACAACAAAGAAAAGCCCUGGUAUAGCGAUCUCGAUGCAGCGUCUCGACCAUCCUGGGGCGAUGACGCUCCUCGACGAACCGAUCGCGAAGUCGCACGAGUCGCGGCAAAUGACCCUCUUACUACGAUGAAGAAGGGCGUCAAACGGCUCAGAGAGGCGGAAAAACACAGAACAGAAUGGAUGGAACAGCGGGAGCGAGACCUCCAAGAGGCUGAAGAACUUGCGAGGCGGAAAAGACGCAGAGACAAAGAAGAAAGGCGACGAAGAAGCCGCGAGGUCAACGACGGUGAUCUGGACGACCUGGACAACUUCAACUUGGAUGAAGGCUAUGUGAAGCCACAAGCUGUGGAGAACGAGCAUGAAUAUCGGCACAAGCACAGGCAUCAUCACCGCCAUCGUCGCCAUCACCAUGAACAUAGAGACGGAUCCAGGCGAGCGUGAGAGGAUAUUUCUAAAGCAUCAAUUACAUUAAACAUCGUAAACGCCUACUAUCUAUUCAACUACACGUCGCGGUCCUAUGUGCCAUCCUGGCAUCUUGAAUCUCACUUCCAUCUAGGUCAUGAAUGCCUACUGUCUUGUCCCAAUGCCAACAACACGCAUCGAGCCUUCAUCCUUACCAGUAUCCAACGUUCCACCUCUUGUCGACCACGUCGCCCCAUCACUCAGGUCAGAACAGCGAAGCUAGCGAAUCUGAUGGGGACACCGCCUUGUCAUUGCCGGGCUCCUCCAACACAGUUGGCUCGUAGUCCAAAUCUCCUCCAUCAAUGUCCUUCUUCUUCCAGGACUCACCGCUCCCUGGUGGACUGGCCUCGGGACCUUUUGCGCUUGGGGACUUUUUCUUCCCAGAGCGAGAAGAGCCGCCUUUGUCCGCAUUGCC